UAACACUAUUUGCGACAUUAAUUGACAGCGCUUACAAUUUUCUGUGUUUGUUUUUUUUAUUUUGUAAAUUUUACUAAAGCUAAACUAAAUAAUGGCUUAUCCGUAUAAUUUCUUACAAGGGCCACAAUUUCUUGCUAUGGGCUUUAAUAAUUUAUUACCGUCAGGCCCAGUUAUGUUAAUGCCUCAAAUGCAAUUUCCUGAAGUUAAUUAUCGAGAUUGUGUCGACGUUAGUGAGGAAACUGAUGAGGAAGAUUGUGACGAGGAUAAGCGGACAUUGUUUUGUGCUAACCUAGAUGAACGUGUUACCGAAGAUCUACUACAUGAAGUAUUUCUGCAAGCCGGUCCAAUAGAAAGAACGCAUAUACCUAAAGAUAAGACGGGUCGUUCUCGGUUAUUUGGCUUCAUUACGUACGUUCAUCGCUGUUCAGCAUUUUACGCUUUGAAACUGUUGCACGGCUUAAAUCUACAUCGAAAAACAGUAAGUGUCAGAUUCACCAAUGCAACGCCGCAAAAACGGCAAGCUGGCACUCCGCCUAAAGAUUGUGAGGGUGAUAAAAAGCGACGUAGUAAUGAUAAUCAAGCUUUACGCGGCGAAAAUUAUCAGUCAUUUUAUGAUCCCGCCAUGAAUGCACCACACACAGACCCGAAUAGAUUGCGAGAUUGGAUUUUAGGUACGUCUCCUAAACAUAAGGAACGAACUUCCAAAAAUCCUUUCCAUUCUGAAUCGACUACAUCACGUGACAAACAUAGCGGUGACAGCGGGAAUAACUGCGAUAAUGAUAGAUCUAGCAAAUGCCGAGAAAGGGAACAUGGUCGAAGGAGAGAUGAGGAUUGCAAGCGCAGUGGUGGAGCAAAUAAUAAUCGCGGAAAUUAUCAUCAAAAUAGUAGAGGAAAAAGCGGGCAUCAAUCGUCUUCGAAACGCAGAUAAUAUUAACCCUCUCAGUUUCUGAUUUCGUUUUUCGUUUCUUUUACAUUUUAGACUCUCAGCACCUUCGCGACACCAAACA